UGGCCACCCUUUUCCAAGUCGUCGUCGUCUCGGAUCGCGCUUCCUCGGAAAUUCUCUCAGCUUCUUACAGAUUCGAAUCCGAGGAAGAGAUACUCGACUUCGCAUGAAGAAUCUUGCAUUAAAUUCAUCAAAUACGCGUGGAGGUUAAGUUUCACUUGCUAAAGUCACUGAUCUGAUCUUACAUUAGAGCAAUUGUGAAUUUGAUUGAUUCGGGUCUGGAAAUCGUCUCAUUCUCUUGUCUGGUUAGGUUUUUUUGUUUGAUUUUCUAUCUUUGUUGGGUUUUCUCUCAAUCUCCCAUUUCAUAGGAAUUCCCCACUAUUUCUAUCGGAUCAUUUCCUAUUCAGUUUGAGUAUGCAUAUAUCCAUUAUUACUACAAUUCAUCAUCUGGGCUGAAUCUAUAAUGCAUAAUUACACAUUUGGGUCAGGCAGUCCCAAAUCCUUUAAUGCAUAUCCAAAAGGAGAUUUUGACCUAGAAUCCGGUACAAUCAAAAGAUCCAGAAAGCCAAAAAGUUUAAGAAUUCAUCCCACCAAAAUGCUUGGAUCUUUAGUGAACCGUAUUCGCUAUUAUUACAAGUUGCAUCCAUUGUUGGUAUUCUUCAUUUCCCUGUCAUUUGGGAUCACAGUUCUAAUAGUUCUGUCUCAAUAUGAAAGAGGCUUCAAACUAAUGAGUAGUUACAGGAGACCUGACCUUGUUUCUGAAGUUUAUCCAUUUGCUAAGCUUCAAAAUCUUGUAAUGGUUGCUGGUCAUUCCGUUUACACAAGUAGUAAUUGCGAGAAAGUUGAUAAGGAGGAUUCUUGGUUUUUGGAGUCGUAUCAGAAGAAUCCAGGUCAAGCAUCCACGUUCGUGAAACAUAUACAAGAGGGAAUAGAAACAGCAGCCAAGGAUGAUGCAGCUUUGCUCUUGUUUAGUGGUGGUGAGACUAGAAAAGAUGCUGGACCUAGAAGUGAGGCUCAGAGCUAUUGGUCAGUAGCUGAAUCAAAAGGAUGGUUUGGAAAGGAAGAAAGUGUUAGAUGGAGAGCUCUCACCGAAGAACAUGCAAGGGACAGUUUUGAGAAUCUUCUCUUCAGUGUCUGUCGAUUCAGGGAACUUACUGGUGUAUAUCCUCAAAAUAUUACAGUUGUUAGCUAUGAUUUCAAAGAGGAGAGAUUUGCACAUCUACACAGAAAUGCCAUUGGCUUUCCAGAAGCAAGGUUCUUCUACACGGGCACUCCAGCUUCACCAACUUCAAAGGAAGCAGCUGUAAAAGGCGAGGCCUUGGUGAGGGCUCAAUUCCAGAAUGACCCAUAUGGAUGUUCAGGUUCAUUGAGAAGCAAAAAACUAAAACGGGAUCCAUUUCAUCGCUCAAUCCCUUACCCAAAUGGCUGCCCUGAAAUUGAAGGCCUUUUUAGAUAUUGUGGUUCCCCUCCAUACUCGGAUACCCUUCCUUGGGCGGCUUAAGUACACUUGGCCUAAGAUUUCUCCUUCUUUUUAGCAUAUUAUAACAUUUUCAACAACAAUAAUAUGUGUAUACAAAGUAUAUGUAUGAGAUGAGUCUUUUGAUGUGGUAUAAAUGUUGAGAUUAUUUGGUCGAAAAGUGUAUAAGUUUUACUCUUU